AUGAACAACAUCUCCCCAGAUAAGCAAACACUCUCAGGCACGCUCGCAAUUACGUCGUCUUUAUCUUCUAUCGAUUCUAUUCUUAUCUAUCUAUCUAUCUAUCUAUCUAUCUAUCUAUCUAUCUAUCUAUCGAUCGAUCCAUCUCCUUUCUUACUUUCUAUUUUAUCUAUCUAUCUAUCUAUCUAUCUAUCUAUCUAUCUAUCUAUCUAUCUAUCUAUCUAUCUAUCUCAGGAUGUUCAUAUGUGUAUUUGUAUAUCUAUCUAUUUCAAAAUCCCUCCUUCUGUUCUACAGUAUCUAUCUAUCUAUCUAUCUAUCUAUCUAUCUAUCUAUCUAUCUAUCUAUCUAUCUAUCGUUCGACCAACCUCCAUUUUUCCUUUCUAUUUUGACGAUAUUAUUAUAUCUCUUCUCACCUUAAAUUAUUUUGACAUACCCCUUUCCAUUCUACGUAAUUAUGAUCUAUCUAUCUAUCUAUCUAUCUAUCUAUCUAUCUAUCUGGAUUACAGCAUUUGCGCUAAAGGAGCCGAUAAUGUCUAUCUAUCUAUCCAUCUCAUCUAUCUCAGUCUGCAAACGUCUAUCUAUAACUAUCUAUCUAUCUAUCUAUCUAUCUAUCUCAGUCUGGUCAAAUCUAUCUAUCUAUCUAUCUAUCUAUCAAAUCAGUCUGGUCAAAUCUAUCUAUCUAUCUAUCUAUCUAUCUAUCUAUCUAUCUAUCUCAUCUAUCUAUCUAUCUAUCUAUCUCAGUCUGAUCAAAUCUAUCUAUCUAUCUAUCUCUAUCUAUCUCAGUCUGAUCAAUCUAUCUAUCUAUCUAUCUAUCUAUCUAUCUAUCUAUCUAUCAGUCUGGUCAAAUCUAUCUAUCUAUCUAUCUAUCUAUCAAAUAUCUAUCUAUCUAUCUAUCUAUCUAUCUCAUCUAAAUCUCAUCUAUCUAUCUAUCUAUCUAUCUAUCUAUCUAUCUAUCUAUCUCAGUCUGGUCAAAUCUAUCUAUCUAUCUAUCUCAGUCUGAUCAAAUCUAUCUAUCUAUCUAUCUAUCUAUCUAUCUCAGUCUGGUCAAAUCUAUCUAUCUAUCUAUCUAUCUAUCUAUCUAUCUAUCUAUCUAUCUAUCUAUCUAUCAUUUCUAUCUAUCUAUCAUUUCAUCACUUUGGUUAUCUGUUCCACUAA